AGCUUCAGCUUCAAGGGGAGCCAUGAGACGGCUGAACCGUGCUUUCUCAAAAGCUUGGAAAGUUUCACACCACUGUGUUUGCAAUGGCCGCUCCUACACGGGAGCUUCAAGUGCACAGAUGCUGCAGAGUCUGCAAUUGCGACUCCUUUAUGGCCAGGGUGCCCAGUUGGCUCGCGCCAUGGACCGGGCGGUGUGCAGCAUCGCCGGGCUGGCGGUGGGUAUCAGCCUCUUAUCCUUGUACGAAAACAGCAGGGAGAGAUUGAUCCGAUGUCGGCUCCUAUCCAUGAAGCAAGACAUGCAGCUCCGGCGACAAGUGCGGGAGCUACAGUCCUGCAGCAUGUCGCUGGACCUGGCACAGACCGACGCCUUGGUCCAGAGGUUAUUUUGGAAAGACAGCCAGACUGACAUCCACGAGGCCUAUAGCUUUCCAAGUGACCAGCCCUUGGGCUCUGGUGCUUAUGGCGUGGUUUGGCUGGCCAGACACCGCAGGACUGGCCUCUACCGGGCCAUCAAGCGUGUUGAUAAGCGUUGGCUGAGACCUGGCGAGAUAGAGGCUUGGAAAAAGAUGGAUCAUCCGCAUGUAUGUAGGCUGGUUGAGUAUUUCGAGAGCCCACACUACUUGUGGCUGGCUACAGAGCUCUGCCGUGGGCAGGAGCUCUGUGAAAGGAUCAUCUCAGAGCAAAGAGGAUUGCCGGAAGCAGAGGUGGCGCAGCUCAUGGAGCAGAUGUUCCGAGCCACGUUGCAUUGUCAUCAGCGCAACACGCUCCACCGGGAUCUGAAGCCGGAGAACUUCUUGUUCACAGGGGCAGAGGGCUCUUCGGACGUGAAGCUCAUCGAUUUUGGCUUUGCGGUUCAGGAUGGCACUUGGUCCGCAGAGAACAAGUACGAUGGAACAUUGUUGUACGCUUCACCUGAGCAGUUGAAGGGUGCCCAGACUGCGAAGAGUGACGACGUGUGGUCGCUGGGUGUGAUCUUUCACAUCUUGCUGACUGGUCAGUUCCCCUUCUCCACCAGCGAGGAUGCCAUUUUCAAGGAGAUGAGCAACAGUGGUACUCUUCGAACAGAUGUGGAGGGCCACUUGCAGAAUCUGAGCACAUCAGCUGAAGCUGCUGACUUGGCGAAGCAACUGCUUGCAUGGGAUGCCUCAGAUCGCAUUAGCCUGGAGGCUGCACUAGAGCACCCCUUCUUGGCGCCAGCAAGUUCUGGGAGUCAGUCGCUCUUAUCGGCGCAGGAUCUUUGCAAUCGCCUUGACCGUUUUGUAGAUAGCUGUCGCUUGCAACAACUGGCGCAGACGGCGAUUGCCCACAUGCUGGGCGAGUGCCGCAAGGAUGGAGCGCUUGCGAGGGCGACCUUUGUAGAGCUCGAGCGCCUUGGGGAUGGAGAGGCAACCACGAUAGCCUUGAGCCAUUUCUUGCAGAUGCAUGGGAUCCAACCAACAGCGGAAUGGUUGGCCAAAGUGGAUCGCCACUUCAUUGGGGAGAAUGCCCGCAUGAGUUACACGAGCUUUUUGGCUGCCGCAUUGGAUCAUGCCGGCAUCACAGGAGAUCACCGCUUGAAAAGCACUCUCUUCGAUCUUUUGGACUCGGAUGGCGACGGCUUGAUCUCCAUCGAGGACCUGCGAUCUGGAUUGAACUUGAGCUUGGAAGAUAGCACAGAGGUCAUUUCAGAGGCUCUUGGUGAGCUCCGGCGUAAAGGAAAGAAGGAAACUUCGGGCUCCAUCACUUUCUGGAACUUUUUGCAUUUGCUGGAACCUGCGCCACUGCCAGCGGCCGAAGAAGCCCGCGCAGAGGACCUGCUGUCAACGCUAGCGACCUGGUUUAGACCUGGUCGCCUUUGCACCACUGGUUGAGGUCGUGGAAGCAGCCCCAAUGCUUGGACUGCAGAAUCCAUGUACAACAACCGCGGAGCCCAGCGUAGCGCCCUGUGUCUCUGUGCAAGUUGAGAUUGGCUUGUUGCUGUUCUCGUGUCUCUCAUGAUCCAAGGAUGCAACUGGCAGAUUUAGUCCC